UCGAAGAAAAUGGCGGUGUAAAUAACAUGUUCGAAUGAUAGAAAAUUAAUUCACUGUUUUCCUUUGCUUUUAAUUCGUAUCUGUACUCAUGGCUGGCUUACCACCGGGAGACCCACAGUUGGUCUCUAUGAUCGUCAAUCAUCUAAAAACUCAAGGCCUCUUUGAUCAGUUCAGGAGGGAUUGCUUAGCCGACGUAGACACAAAGCCAGCCUAUUUGAAUUUGAGACAACGUGUGGACAACUUUGUGUCAAAUCAUCUCUCUAACCACACAUGGAGCCCUCAUCUGAACAAGAACCAGCUGAGGAACAACAUCAGACAACUGGUUUUACAAUCGGGAAUGCUCGAGCAGGGAGUGGACAGAAUUGUGGCUCAAGUCGUAGACCCGAAAGUCCACCACAUAUUCAGACCACAGGUGGAGAGGGUGGUCCAUCAGUUUCUGUCUCCGGGAAGCCAUUAUGAAGAACCUGCAGCAUACUAUCCUCCUGGAGAAGAUCCCCAGUAUCCACCUUCAGUGGCUGGCACCAGCGCCGGUGCGAUGUCCAUCCUGGACACCAUCAGCACGCUGAACCAGGAGGCGAGCACACGCACGGGCCGGGAGAAGGAGGAUGCGGAAGAGGCCGUGCUUAGGGCCGCGGAGGAGGCCGCUCUGAUGGGCGAGGAGGUGGAGGUGAUGAACGGCAGUGCUGGGGAGCAGGACAUGAGCCUGGUGGAGGAGGAGAUGGAGAUCGAGGCCAUGGACAUGUCAGAUGAGGAGCAGCUGCAGCAGCAGCAGCAGCAGGAGGAGGAGGAGGAGGGCCAGAACCAGGAAGCAGUCGACAACAUGGAGGUGAAGACGGAGGACACGAGCCAAGACAUGGAUGUAGACAAAGAGGCGAACACGGAGGUGAAGGAAGACAAGAGUAAGGAGGAGAAGGCUGUGAAAGAAGAAGAGGACGAGGACAGAAGUAAGGCUGAUCAAGAUGAUCAAGAUGCAAGCAAGACCAAUGAGAAACAGCGCAUACGUCAGAAGGCUAGAGAAAGGCUCAAAGAAGAAUAUUCCUUGGAAGAUUCCGAUCUGGAGGGUCUGAGUGACAUCACAGUGAGUUCUGUCCAUACGAGUGACCUGUCCUCUUUUGAGGGGGAGAGUGACGGCGAGCCUCAACCAUCCGACUCCACUGAGGAGGGCGAGAUCACAUCUGAAGAUGAGAAAGUGGCAAAGAAGAAGAAAGGCAGCGGUGAUGAGGAAGACGAUGAAAACAAGGAUCGCAAACCCGGAGCUCGCCGUCAGGGCUACAUACACAAACCCUUCCUCUACUCUCGUUACUAUAGCGACUCGGAUGAUGAGGACACUGUUGAGCAGCGUCGACGCUCUGCGGCCAAGGACAAAGAAGAGCGCCUGCUGAAACGACAACAGAAUCGUGAGCGCAUGGAAGAGAAGAGGAGGAACAAGCAGGCUCAGAUGGAAGAACAAGAUGAGAAGAAGGCGAGUGAUGAGGUCCAGAGACCCAGAGGCAAGGAGGCCCACAAGGAGAAGAAAGUCCUGGAAAAGAAGGUGGCCCUCAGCAGAAAACUCAAGAGAGACUCAAGGAAGGAGGGUGAAGCUGGACAGAGAAAGAAGGGUGAUGUUGAUGGCGAUGGCUUCAGAAAAGAUGAUUCCCAGAAACUUUCAAGGAGUCUGUCCUCAAAGUUGUCAAGAAAGGUGUCAGAGUCCUCAUCAACAGAUGAGGCCCACAGGAGGAAGAGCACUGGCACCUCAGAGGAGCCUGGCGAGACCAGGAAACUGGCAGACAAAAACCGCACACACUCCUUCAUCCUGGACCUGGAGCAAGGCUCAGAGGAGCUGCUGCGACCGAGAUCCUCUGGGAAGUUCGACCGCCACUCGCGCAAAGACCAGCACGCCAAAGACCGCAAGGAGAAGGACAGGGAGCGCAGUGUCUCAGAUGAUUCUGCAAAGAUCAAGCAGAAAGCUGAUAAGAAGGCGGAACUGCAUGGAGAGGAGAGCUCACACAAGGAUGGGGCUGAGGCAAAGGUGUCUUCUGAGGAUAAAGGAGAGAAGAAGCCCUCGAAGCUGAAAGCCGACAGGAAGUCCUCUUCGGUUAGCAGGGAGGCGAGGUCGUCCGUCUCUGAAGGGUCAGCUGUGGAGGACGGGCAGAAGGAUGCUGGCUCCAAGAAGACAAAGGUUCCCACAGGGGAGACACUGAAAGACAAAGAGAAGGAGAAAGACAGAACCAAGGCAGAGAAGGACAAGGAGAAGGUGGGCGGUAAAGGUGAUCCCAGGCAUCCUGAUUCUACUGGUUCCUCAGAGGAGAGGCCUGAUCUGGAGCCGGGGACAGAGGGAAACAAGAAGAAGGAGAAACUGAUCAAGGAGGUCCUGAAGAGGUCGAAGAGCACCACUGAUGCUAAACAAGCAGACACCAAGCAGAGAUCCAGGCUAGAUAGCAAAGACUCUGACAAAGAGAAGACGAGAGGUUUGCCCGAUCUGCAGAGGUCCAUCUCCGAAACGGAAGGGGAGGCUCGGCGGAGUAGAGAGGUGGAGCCUGGCUCAAAAGCAAAACUGUCGGAAAAGUCCAGAUCCAAAUCGAGAGAAGAUCCCAAAACUCCAACGCCGUCCAAGACGGACAAGAAGGGCUCAACUCAAGACGCCAAGGGCAAAAGCACUACCUCGGUGAGUAAAGCAGACACAACGAAAGAGAAAAGGAAAGACACUGGUGCGGACAAGAAAGAGAAGAAACCAUCUGAGGAACACCCACCUGAAAAGACACAGGAGGCCAAGAGCGGGAAGAAACAGAGUGAGAAGAAGGUGAAAGACUCAGAGAAGAAGGGAGAGACACAGGGUGCCCGGGCCAGAAAAUCAGUAGAUGUGACCACAACUUCUCCUCUUUCCCCAUCUAUGCCUGAGACGGCCACCUCAGUUCAGGCCCCGAAAGAGCCUAAAGACCCAGGCAUGGAGGUGGAUUCGGCAGGCUCCACCAUCAUUACUGCUACUGCGGCCACUACUACUGUUCGCCCCUCCGACGAUGCCUUUGAUGCCUUGAGUGACAUCACCCCAGAGCCUGAAGGUGAGAGCGUGGCUGCACGUCUCGCCGAAUUCAAAGAUGAAGAGGAGCAGAAGGAGGAGCCGAGGCCUGUGCCAGCUGAGGCUGACGCGCUGCUAAGCCUGAUGGAGGUCUGCAGCUCGGCAGAGAGGAGCGUCGUCACGGAAACCGCGGAGACGAGAGAGGAAGUGACAUCAAGCGCAGCAGCAACAGCUGGAAUGUCGUUGCAGGAAGCAGACCUGAAGAUGAAGGAGGCGGCCCUUACACUGCUGUCCAUGGACCCAGACCUCACGUUGUCACCGAGCUUAAUUGACCGCCACAUGGCACCUGUUCCGGAACAGGUGCCUCCUCCACCUCAGGAUAUCGUCACCACUGCCCGUGAGGCCCCUCCUCAAGAACCUAUGGUGGUGGAUUCUUCUGGAAAUGACGUGCAUAAAGCUGAAAGUAGCCAGACACUGCAGGAAAUGCCUGAAGCCCAACACGUACAGGAUGAAGAUAUGAAUGAUGGACUGGCUGCCCCAGCAGUGUCCUCUUUGACGGCAGAGCAGGAAGAUGCUCUGAAGCAUGUCGCCUCUAAGGAACCUUCCGACGAAGACAAACCAGACGCUGCCUCUUUGCCCUCAGAGGCUGUGGUGGCUCCCUCACAGAACAAAGAUGUGGUUCCAAUUGCUGCUCAGAGUGAAGAAAAACUGCCGUCACAUGAUGCCUCAGCUGAUGGGAGCAAAGAUGAAGGCAAACCAACCAUGGCUUCUCCCUCUAAGACAGGCUCUACCCCGGCAGUGUCUGACAUCGCCGAGGCUACGCAGUCAGAGACUACAGAGAACGAGGCCCCUGCCAAAAAACAAGGAGAGGUCUCCAGUGAAUCUGCAGCCCCAGAGACUGAGGAAGGCCAGACAGAAGAGCAGACGAGUAAGCAGAAAGAACCUGCACUGCAGACGAAUGCUGCACCUCAAGAGGGUCCAGAGGAGAAGGCCACCCCAGUAAGUACUGUGCCACAGGACAGGCCUGAAGAAGUGGAGGUCACCAGAGCAACACGCAGAGGUCGUCCGGCCAAACUCGUCAAGCAGUCCAGCAGCGCGUCUCAGUCGGACGGUCAAGAGGAGGAGCGAGGAUCGGAUGUGUCAGAGAUGGAUGAGAAAUCAGAGGGCCGAGUCACUCGCCGAGGAAGACGAAGCACCACAGCAGUCGCUAAGGACUCCAAUAAAUCCAAGGCCGAGGCGGAGAGCAAAGACCAGAGUGCAGACACGCAGCCCGACACGGAGGCUGAGAAGGCUCCUGAACCAGAGACCGCACGCAGGGGACGCUCAGCCAGGUCCUCAGCCCAGCCAGCCUCUGAGAGCCAAAAGGAGGAGAAGAAAGAAGAGGAGGCACCCAAAGAGGCUGAGAAAGAAGAGGCCCCUGUACGUAGAGGUAGACGUUCUGCAGCCCAGACUAAGGAGGCCACCACAGCUCCUAGGUCUGGACUGAAGAGGAAGAGAUCUGAGGAAACGGAGGAUUCUGGAGAGGAUCAGGCAACUGAAGAGAACAAAGUCUCCGAAGCACCAGAAGACGCGUCGCCCCAGAAAAGCCCUGCACUGAGUCAAGCUGAAGGUGAGGCGGAGGUCAAGCAGGAGAGCCCAGCUGAGAUCAAGUCAGAUGAAGUGAGUGGGGAGGAGGCAGAGAAGGCUCAGAAGAAGACUCCUCGCAGGGGGAGACCACCCAAAGCAGCAGCCGCAGCCGCAGCCUCAGCAGCCGCAGCCUCAGCCGCAGCAGCUGCAGCCUCAGCAGCUACUCCAGACUCAGAAAAGGCAGCUGAAACUAAAGGCAAGAAGGCUGACGGAGAGCAGAAAGCUGAGGGAGAGCAGAAGGCAGAGGGCCUGGAACAGGAGGAGGAGAACACGGAAGAGGAGGAGGAGGAGGAAGGUGGAGAAGACGAGGAGGACCCUAAACGCAGGACCACCACCCGCGCUGCUGCACGCCUGGAAGCCGAGAAGAACAAACCCAGCAAGCCCUCCACCAGAGCCAAAGCAAAGGAGGAGAGCACUGGCACCACACGUGGUACCAGAGGGCAGGCUGCCACCGCCGCCUCCACAGCCAAGGGGGGGCGCAAAAGGGAGGCCAGCCCCCCCACCCCACGCACCCGAGGGGGCCAGAAGGCAGAGGAGCCCCCUGCCAAACGAGGAAGGAGAUGAAAUGCCCACCGUGUGCCAAGUAGUCCUACAUAUCCAGUAUACAACACAUACACCUGUAUAUACACGCUACGAAGACAUCACUUUUUUUAACCAGUCACAUUUUUGUAAAUAGAUAUUUUGUUUAAAAAAAAAAUCUUCCAUGUGUGAAAUUUUAAAUUGUUUUUAGUCUUCAAGAGAAGGCUUUUACAACCCUGUACGGGAGGAAAAGAAUGAAAACACAUUGUAGGUGGUGGUUGGACUUGGGCUUACACAAACAGCAGUUAAAUGUAUUUCUGCCCGUCAUAGUUCCUGUCAAAACAGUUCUUCAGGGCUCUGGGUCGACCCUGAUGUGACCCGCGAUAAAGUUCCUAUCUGCAUCUGCACUGUGGAGGAGUCACACACACACAUACACACACACACACACACACACACACACACACACACACACACACACACAGAGCGCGCUAGGGCCGGCUAGCAGUCCCGCUCUUAUUAGUCCUGCGUUAUUGGCCCUUUAUUAGGUUUGUACGUGUCGUCUUUGUGUCACUCCAGGAGUCUAGAUUGACCGAAAAUGUACACACAUACAUACACAGGCCUUGUAGCAUCUGUGCUGUCGUAGAGAAUGUAUUAGUAGUGUACUGAAGGUGGGGGUGGGGGGAUGCAAUAUUAGUUUUAUUGUACCAUGUCUAUAUGAGCCAAGUUCAGUUUUCUCUGAGGGUUUUAAAAACAUAUUCCAUUUUUUAAAUUCAUGAUUCCCUCCUUUUGUCAUGUUUUUGACAUGCAUUAUAUUCAUUCUGUGAAUGUAACAAAAAAAACGUUUUCUGCCGUGUCAAUUUAAGAUGUGCUAUUUUGUAGGAAGUGCUCAGUCCAUGUUUGCUGUAUAUGUAAUGGCUUUUCAGUGUUUUUUUUGUAUUCAUAUACCGCUGCAGUGGUGUCCACAGACACUGCUCGAUAAUACCAGUAUUCCACACAAUAAACUCUCCUCUUUGUA